CUCCUGAUUGGUUGGCGAUCAACACGUGGUAAACCGGAAACGAAGACCAACGUGGUGCUGGUUCAGAAAGCUGACUGUUUUUUCUCCCUUUUUUUUUUACCUCAGAAAUAUAAAAAUAUAUGCCACGCAAACUCAACAAAUAAAGAUGACUGAAAGCCAAGGGGGAACGACACCUAAGGCGGCGAAGGAGCUUCUCGCGUUGAAUCCUCAGCAAGAGUCUGAGUUCAAGAAGAAAGUACAGAAGGUGAAGAAGAAGAAGACGAAGAACACCAACACAGGGAAUCUUUUGACACCUGGGGUCAUUUAUGUCGGCCAUUUGCCCCUUGGACUCUUUGAGCCACAGCUCAGGGAGUACUUUGAACAGUUUGGCAAUGUCUUAAGGCUGCGACUGUCCAGAAGCAAAAAGACAGGUGGGAGCAAAGGCUAUGCAUUUGUGGAGUUUGACUGUGAUGAGGUAGCCAAGAUCGUAGCAGAGACCAUGAACAAUUACCUGAUGGGAGAAAGACUGGUUAAAUGUCAUGUGAUUCCACCGGAAAAAGUGCACGAGAAGCUUUUUGCUGGCAACCAGCGCACCUUUAAGAGACCUUCCCAUCCUGCUAUAGCGCGCUACAACAAGAACCACACAAGCGAGGAGGUCGCAAAGGUAACGGAAAAGCUGCUGCGUAAAGAGAGAAAACUCCGCAAGAGGCUGGCAGGACACGGCAUUGAUUAUGACUUCCCAGGAUUUGCUGCCCAAGUGCCCCAGAAGAAGAAGUCUGAUUCCUCGAACGCGUCUACGUGCAGUGAUGACACGACACCCAUGUGCACGCCUUCUUUCCUGGAGAGGAGGAAGUCCAUGAUCAGUGAUGACAAUGAUGCUGAGGAUGAGAUUGUCAUCAAGAUGCCUGCUGUACAGAAAGACCAGCUGUUCCCUGACGAUGAAGAUGCCAGCGACAAGGAAAAGGAGAAGCGUGAGGCACCCGGUGGAAGUGAUGAGGCUGACGCAGCAGACUCUUAAACAAAGUCUUCUUUUAUUGUGGGCUUUGGUCUGGUUUUCAGAGCACGGAGACUUCAACUGAGGGUGUGUGUUUUUGAUGUGACGAUCCUCAUCAUUUAAAAAGAAGCUCUUAUAAAACCAAAAGAUCAAUUGAAGAUUGUUAUAAAUCAUGUUUGUCAGUAAAAUGCAUGAAGAGUUCAUGGUGCACUUCACUGAAAGUGUCAUUGAACUAUUUGUCUUUGUAAUAAAGUUGACAUUUGAACUGUAAA